GGGGACCGAGGGGAGUGGGGCGAGGAACACCCGCUCAGGAUACGCAGGUGGCAUUGUGCUCUCCUCCACGCUGGGGCACAAACACACAAACACACUACUGCCCGGCUUAGUGACUGACACACCUCCGCCGCGCCGCCUAACCAGACCGUCCGCGCCCGCCUCGCAUCAGUGCAGUGACCACCCUCGCACCUCGCCGCGCUGCCCUCCCACACAACACAACACAACACCGCAUGAAACAACACCUCGGAGGGAACACCGUGCACGUGCGUGUUUGUGUACGCGUGUGUGUGUUCACGUGGGGAGUGCGGGGAGGCCAAUAGACUUCUCAUAGGUGAGUAUCGAAGGUUACCUAUGGAAGGACACAUCGCCAGCAGCAGCAGCAGCACCCAACACUCGACAUCGCACGAGUUCGCAUCGACGGGGGAGGCGAAGUGACCACGUGAGAGUCGCCUUCAGAGCUAUACGCCACGCCGCCGCCAACGCCAGCGCCGCAACCAGGGGGCUUCCUUCUCCUCCUCCUCCUCCUCGUCCUCCUGGUUCUCCUUCUCGCCUUCAUCGUUCUCCUCAAACCGCCGCCAUGUGGGAAAAACUCUUCCGCGACAUCAAGGUCAACCUCCUCUCCUCGGACCUGAUGCCGCUCAAGUUUCUGUUCUUCAUGCUUUACGCUGCCAACACCACUCUCUACCCGUACCUGGCCGUGCACAUGCAGUCCCUGGGCUUCGGCGCGGACAAGGCCGGCGUGCUGCUGGCCAUCACGCCGCUCGUGGCCAUCAUGGGCCCGCCCGUCGCCGGGGCCAUCGCCGACAAGCUGGGGAACUUCAAGCUGUUCUUCUCGGGGGUCGUGGCCGUGUCGGGGAUGCUGUCGCUGCUGCUGCUCGUCAUCCCGCCAGUGCCAAUCCCUCUCGGCUUCUCCCUCACCCUCAUCACGGACCACCACCAGUCGGAACACCCCAGCGCGAAAGACAUCAACAAGCUGGCCGAGGUGCUCCCCAAGGCCGAGACGGGUCACCACGUGGAUGCCGAGUACCUGCAGUUCAUCGUCAUCACCAACCAGACGGGCUGCGACAUCUACGACGAGUACCAGACCUCCAUGGACGGCCUAGACAGGGUCAACAUCGGGUCCGCGGAGCCCAUGGCCACCGUCAACAUCACUCGCAUCCUCAAGCACAAGAACUUCUCCCUGAUGGCCGUCACCACGCACCACCCGCUCUUCUGCCCCGAGGACCUGCCGCUCGUACGCCUCUCCAAGGGCGCCGAGGACCUGCUGCCGGAGAUCCUGGUGGACUACAACACCUCAGGACUCAACCGGACUGUGAAUGGCAGCGUGGCGGAUACGGAGACGGACGCAUGGUGGCGGUCCGGUUGCAGCGUCAGUGUGCCUGGCCUCUGCGAACCUCACCACGCGGACAUCAUCGGGGCGGAGAAUUUGAGUUUCUGGACGUACCUCUUCGCCCGCAGCCUCCUCAACGGUGCCCUCAACGCCGCCUUUGCUCUCUUCGAAGGCGCCACUUUAUCCCUCCUGAAGGAACACGGCGGGGACUAUGGUUUACAAAGGGUAUGGGGCUAUAUAGGCUGUAUGGUGUUCACGCCCUUCUCCGGCUGGCUGAUCGACGUCAUGAGCUUCGACAUCAACAAACCAGAUUACAGACCAGCCUUCUACCUGUUCGUGGGGCUGCAAGGUCUGGCGGGUCUGGUGGCGCUCUCCGUGGACCUCAAGUUCAAGACGCCGUGCGAGCAGAUCAUCAAGAACAUCUGGAUGCUGCUGCACAACCCCGAAGUCAUCAUGCUCUUCCUCGCCAUGACGCUUUCAGGCGCCUUCUUCGGGUUCCUGGAGGCGUUCCUGUUCUGGUUCUUGGGUGACCUCGGGGCCUCGCGUUCACUCAUGGGCCUGACAGUCACCAUGGGCGCCGCCAGUGCCCUGCCCUUCCUCAUCUUCAUGUCGCCCAUCGUGGACAAGUUUGGGCACAUUGGGGUCAUCGUGGCGGGCUUCCUCAUGUAUGCCCUGAGGUUUGCUGGCUACGCUUCCAUCUACGACCCGGUGAGCGCCAUGUACUUUGAGGCGCUGGAGGGCGUCACCAUCGGCCUCAUGCUGUCGGCGGGCAUGACCUACGCCUCGGAGCUCUCCACCACCAAGAAUGUCGUGUCCCUGCAGGCUCUUAGCGGUACCCUUUACUACGGCGUGGGCAAGGGCGCGGGCUGCCUGGUGGGGGGCUACAUGUACCACCACCUCGGGGCGCGCAAAACCUUCCGUAUGAUGACCGUGGCCAGCCUGCUCAGCGCCAUCAUCUUCCUCAUCUUCCAAAUCUACAUCCAGCACCGCAACAGACUCCGGGAGCUCAACAAGACGGGCACGGAGAAGGAAGGGCUGAUCAAGAAGGAGGCGGAGCAGCAACCCGAGGCGAUAAAGCUGAAGAGGGUGAAGGAGAGGAAGUGGAGCAGGAUAGGCCGGAAGGGAAAACGCAGGAGCAUUCAGAUUGACGCCAUAGAGGACGGGAUUUUAGAGCUUCGAAGGGUGACUUUAGUAGACGCGCAGACCCAGACCGACCCUGUUACCUUCGCCUGUACGCUUGCCAUGCCCGAGACGGAUGAAGAGGAAUGAGUUUAGUGUGUUUAUAAGGCCUGUCUCUCUCUCUCUGGCUGGGUCUGUGUUGAUGGCGUAACAUUAAAUGCGGUCUACGAUGUUUGUUUGGGCUUCUGUGUCUGUCUGUGUCCUAUUUGUUGCCUGCUCGUGAAAAUCGAUUAGAAGAAGGUUGAGUAUUUUUUAUUACAGCAGAAGAGUCAGUUCAAGGGCAUAAAAAAAGGAAACAAAUGUGAAAAAAAAGCCCGCUACUCACAGCUCUUAAAAAUAGUAAGAGGAUUGGCCGAAAGAUAGGUCAAUUUCGGGAGGAGAGGAGUAUGAUUUAAUUCCAUGGUUUUUUUUUCAUGAUUCACGACAUUGAUGAGGUUAAUACGAAGUAGGGAUCGUCUGUAGCGUCUGUGCCACUGCUAGAACCUACCCUGUCUGCCGCCUGUCUGUCUGCCUCUCGGGUCGGUACAGCCAGAUGCUUUCACCCCGCACACCAACUAUUUUCAAAGGUCAAAAUGGAGAUCAAUCGGGUCCUCAUGAGUGUUAUUUUUAGGUUCAUGGCACAGAAGAAAGGUCAAGCUGCCACCAGGGUCAUAAGGCUACUCCUGGAAAUGCCCACAACUACGAAAGCCUUCCACCCAACACACCAACUAUUUUCAAAGGUCAAAAUGGAGAUCAGUCGGGUCCUCAUGACUGCUUUUUUUAGGUUCAUGGCACAGAAGAAGGGCCAAGCUACCACCAGGGUCAUAAAGCUACUCCUGGAAAUGCCCACAACUCCUACGAAAGCCUUGUCAAAUAUAUGUGUACUUGGGCGAUGAUUAUGUUUAAGAAUACAACCCUCUGAUUGGCUCUCUGUCUGUCACCUGUCUGUCUGUCCUUCUCGUCUCGCUGUCUAUCGGAAGUAUAAACGAUGGAUUGGCUGGCCAUACACAAAUAAGCGGUUAGUAUAAUUUUUAAAUGUACGCUAGGGAAAUGUAAAUAAUAAUAAGUUCAGACGAUUGAUUCACUUACACCGACUAUGACUUUUGUUUAUAAGGAAGAGCUGGCAACGAAAAAAGCUAUGUAACUCUCUCUCUCUCUCUCUCUCUCUCUCUCUCUCUCUCUCUCUCUCUCUCUCUCUCUCUCUCUCUCUCUCUCAACAAGUAAUCAUGUAUUUAUAAUAAUAUAUCAGUGUAUUUACUUAAAAAAUAUAUAUUCAUCUGUGUAUUUACUUAAAAAAACACAAGUUACUAUGUAUGCUAAAAAGACCCGUGAACAUCAGUCUAUUUCUUUGUUUGUUUGUUUGUUUGUUUGUUCGUUUUUAUCUAAUAUGGCAGUGAACGAAAUGGGUGUAUUUUUAUUGCGUCAUUUUGGUCCGUGUAUUCAUAUUGUAUAAUAGAACUGUGAUCUCUCG